AUGACAGCUUUAAUCCCGGCGCUGCUGCUUCUUUUCGGCAUCUCUGUGACGUUGACUCUGAAGGUGGUGUCAAAGAGAGGCUCAGUGGAUGGCUGUACGGACUGGUCAGUGGACUAUCUGAAGUACCGGGUGCUGCAUGGAGAACCGGUGCGGAUCAAGUGCGCUCUGUUUUACGGAUACAUCCGGGCGAACUACUCGCAGGCGCAGAGCUCAGGUCUCAGUCUGAUGUGGUACCGCAGCUCGGGGCUCGGCCAUGGAGACUUCGAGGAGCCCAUCUCAUUUAAUGGCCUGCGCAUGAGCAAAGAGGAGGACGCCAUCUGGUUCAGACCUGCCGAACUGCAGGACGCCGGCCUCUACUCCUGCGUGCUGAGGAACUCGACGUUCUGCAUGAAGGUGUCCAUGAAUCUGCUUGUGGCUGAUAAUGACACAGCGGCCUGUUAUAACUCCAAACUGCGCUACACGGAGAAGGCCGAACUGGGCAAGAGCAAGGACGUUUCAUGCCCUGAUAUCCAGGACUUCAUCCAGCCUGGCCAGGAACCACAAAUAACGUGGUACAAGGAGUGCAGUGAGUGGCAGUGGAGGCCAAGUAUACUGCAAUCUGGAGACACUCUUUCCAUCCAGGAAGUGACAGAGGAUGACAUUGGGAACUACACCUGUGAGCUGCCCUUCUCAGGCUUCCUCGUGCGCCGAACUACUUACCUGAGUGUGACAGCUCCUCUGACUGAAGAGCCUCCGAAGAUCCUGUUCCCUUCUGAAAACAAACUCCUCACCUUAGACAUGCAGAUAGGAGCUUCGGUCAAUUUGACGUGCCGUGCAUUCUUCGGCUACAGUGGCGAUGUCAGCCCACUCGUGUACUGGAUGAAGGGAGAGAAGUUCAUCGAGGAUAUGGACCAGAGCCGCAUCCGAGAGAGUGAUAUCAGAACCAUCAGAGAGCACCUAGGAGAACAGGAAAUGUCCAUCACUUUGACAAUAGAUUCAUUAGAAGAGGGAGAUCUGGGCAAUUACUCUUGUUACGCUGAAAAUGGCAACGGAAGACGACAAGCCAGCAUACAGAUCAGCAAACGAGUCGAGCUGAUGUAUACGAUGGAGCUGGCUGGAGGAUUAGGAGCCAUUUUGCUGCUGCUUGUUCUGCUGCUGUCUGUGUAUAAAUGCUACAGGAUCGAGUUACUGCUCUGCUACAGGCAUCAUUUCGGAGGGGAGGACUCAGAUGGAGGUCAUAAGGAGUAUGAUGCGUACCUGUCCUACAGUAAAGUGGAGCUGGAUCAGUGGGGACAGGAGCUUCAGGACGAGGAACGUUUUGCUCUGGAGAUCCUUCCUGAUGUUCUGGAGAAACACUAUGGCUACAAACUCUUCAUCCCAGACAGAGAUCUCAUCCCCACCAGCAGUGUCAGCAGUGAACGUUACCAGGAUGAGACACAGCUUGUUAGAGCAUAUAUUGAAGAUGUGGCUCGCUGUGUGGAGAUGAGCAAGCGUCUGAUCAUUGUGUUGACCCCUGGCUAUGUGCUACGUCGUGGUUGGAGCAUAUUCGAGAUGGAAUCACGUCUUCGUAGCUCUCUAGUGUCAGGUGAGAUCAAGGUGAUUCUGAUUGAAUGCGCUGAGCUGCGUGGUGUCAUCAACUACCAAGAGGUAGAGGAGCUGAAGCAGUCUAUCAAGUCUCUGACCGUGGUGCGCUGGAGUGGCCCACGAAGCAACAAGCCCGGCUCACGAUUCUGGAAGCAGCUGCGUUAUGCUAUGCCAUGCCGCCGGCCACAGCCCAGUCUCAGGACCCCCGCAGUAGACGCAGGAGAGCCAAACCCCUUUGCUCACCUCCACACCGUUUCAGCAAUCUCAGUGGCCACAGCAGCAUCAACAGCAGCAGCUCCAGCCCGUCCUGAGCUUCGGGCCGCACUGCGCAGCUCAUACCGAGCACACUCAUUGGCAAGGCAGAAACACGCGCACUUCCGCAGCUAUGAUUACGAGCUGCCACUGGCAGCAGGAGCCACUCUGCCAGCACAACCCACCUACUGCAACCUGCCACUUACGCUGCUUAAUGGCCAGUGGCCCACCGCCAAGCGCCAACACAGUCUGGAUGAGCCGCACGCCAACAACAAUGCCAUGCUGCCGUUGCUGCCCCGUGAAACCAGCAUCUCCAGCGUCAUCUGGUGA